AAAAGUUUGCCGGCUUCCGCGGUGAUGGAUCACCGUUUCAGUGGCAUUUAAAUCCCCGGCGCUCUGCCGUCUAGGUGACGCGCAGUCGCCCCCCCAGGCAGCCUAGGCGGCGGCAGCUGCUGCGGCUACUGCAAAGGCCGAUUUGGAGUGCUGGAGCGAAGAAGAGCAAAGGCUGCCUUCUGCGCGCGCCCGACUCCGCUGCCCGCCCCGCCAGGCCUCCGGGAGGUGGGGGCUGGGAGGAGUCCCCCGCUCCCGCCCCCUCCCCACCUCGCACUGAAAGAUGAACUGGCGAGAGGUGAGAAGGGAAGAGGGCUCCCGGCUCUCUCGGGGCGGGAAUCAGUGGGCCAGAGCUCGCCGAGUGGCCGCAAGUACGCCUGCCCAGCCCGGAGCGCGCCCAGCCGGAAGGCGGGGAAUCCGGCUGACACCGCGCCCCGGGUCCCCAGGCCCCCUCCUCUGUUCUGAGGCUGGGCUGGGAGACUGUGGGGCUAUGAGGAGUGCAUAGAACCGUGGCGGAGGGCGAGGCUGGGCCACCGGCUCUUCAAGCUCGGAAUGGAGAGGGAAGAGUGCAGAGGGUUGGCUGGGAGGAACUUGGGUGGGUGUGAAGGAGACGAGGGCAAGAAAAGAAACCUCCCUUCUUCCAGGAGGGUCUCCGAAACCCUCUCCCCACAGCCCCCGCUCGUCAUUAGCAUGGCAAUGAGGAGUUUCUGUAAUUCGACUUGGGGGGACGGAUGAGCCCUGGAAACUCAGAGCUCGCCGGAAAAGGCCGGGGGCGGCCGGGCUCUUUUUCCCCACCUUCCCUCUCUCGUCGCUCUCCGCCCUUUCUCUUUCCCAGUCAGUUUUUCACCGGGAGCCCUCCGGGAUGCGGAGCUACUCGACCGCCGGAUUUUUAGGGGUAGGAGGCGGGGGAGAGAGAUGACGCUGGCGGACGUGGCCAACGUGGGGGCCGGGCCGUGCGCUGCAGGCCAUCUGCCGGCGCCCCGAGACGCAGGAGCCUCUGCGCUCCCGCAUGGGCCUCACAGGGCCGGUCCACAGCUCCAACAAAGUAGCUGAACUCCGUUGCGUUCCUCUUUUUCUGGAGGGGAAUGUUAGAAGAGAGAGAGAGCUUCCUUUUAUAACCUUCCUCAUUCUGCUGCACGUCUAGAGUGGGUGUGGGGACUGGCAGGUGGGAGGGGCGGUGGACAGAUGGCUGAUGGUGGACGGGACACUUUACCCCAACGACACCUCCUCCCCUUUCCAACUGACUAUGUAGUUGCUUAUGAGAACCUUCAAGUCUUUCCCUAGAAAGACACAUGCAAAUCUGAGCGUCAUCCCAGGCCAGGGGUCCUGUUCCCCAUCACCCUACUUCCCUGAGGCUGCUGAGGUGGUUAAGUUGUUGUUUACUAUUAGGUUUCACGUCAACCCUGGGCUUGUAGAGCGAAAAAGCCAAACGGAGACCAAGAAUUGAUGCAGUCUUGGGUAGGAGAAAUCGACAGCUCGUCCAGGAAACUUUGCUGUAUAAAUUAUAAGCAAUGCUGUAUAAAUUUUACUCCAACCAUGUGUACGAUGUUGGAAUCAGAUGAAAUUUAUAGUGAAUGAAUGUAUGUGGGUUUGGGGUUUCCACUCCCCUUCAGCCUUUCCUCCCCUGUUAGAACAGGGAAGAUUUUUUUUUUUUUCAAGGAAGGUACAUUUCAAAUAUGUCAGUCACCCUUUCAGUCUUCUGUAUUCUGUUCUCCACGUACCGAAGUUCCCACAAACCUGUCCCCUCAAGAGAGAAAACCCAUGCUGACGCUGGACUCCCUCAGUAACAAUGAAACAUUCUCCCCAAAUAUUUCCUUUCAGAAUGGUAUUUCUCUGUGACUUUGAUCCAUCCCAAGCAUGGUUAAGAGGGAGCACGGGCAGGAAAGACCCACUUUCUGGGGUUGGGCAGCCACCCCUGCCCCAGUUUCGGCUCCUGGGAAUCCUCCGACUGAAGAAGGAAAGGCAAGGCGGUCCUCCUGGAGGCAGCUUCCUUGGGAGAGCCAGCUUCCAGCGGCGGGGAGAGAAGGAGCUCCUGUGGGAGAAGGGGCAGGAUGUGAGAAAGCGUUUGAUUUAUGAGCGUAGGACGAAUCGCAUCCAGGAGCUGCGCAGCCCUGGCCGCGGCCGGGACGCCCUGCUCCGCGCUAAGCUUGGGGCCGGAAACCAGCCAUAGUACCCACACUCCGCCGCCGCAGCUAGGAUUUAGCGGAGGAAGGGGCGAGGGAAGGUAGGGAGCAAACCUAUGAAGAAACAUCGCGUUGUCAUUGGAACUUCCAAGCCUUUGCUGUUAAGAGCCAGGUUCUUAAAUCAACCCGCCCCACACACAUGUUGCUUACAUGCUGCCUUUUCUCACAGUAAGUAAGUAGGCAUCAGAAGAGAGCUCAGAAAGGGAAAAAUAAACAUGGGGAGACCUGACAAGGGAGGGGGGAAAAAGCAACAACCCAGUGACACACCCUAGAUCACAUUUUAUUGAUAUUUCAUUUAAAGUGCUUUUCUCUCUCUCUCUGGAACCUGGGUUAAUUUAUAACCUAGGGUGUAGAAACACACCAUUUUAAAUCUCAACUUGCUAACCUGACUUCGAAGCAUUAAUGAUCCUUUAUUAGCCAUGUAAACAGGUUUAAGAAUGAAAUAUUGAUUUUUCUGACCCUGAAAAAAAAAAAAGAAUCCUAGAGUGACUGAACCAGAGGAUUGGAAAGAACAUUUUCUGGGGUGCAUUUUCCAGAUAGUAAUCACUGUUUUGUUUUAUUUUUGUUUUUCUCUAUCUUUUAGGUCUGUUUUGCCUGAACCCAUCAACAGCUGGGAGAUUAAUCAACCACACUGAAAAUGUGGAGGGAUUUAUGGGGGAGGGGGUUGAAAUGUGGAUGUUUGAAACAAAAGUGUAUAAAUAAAUGAAUUGUUGAUAACUUAGUUAUUGACCUGGAGACUGGUAGCUUAUUAAAGAAACUCCAUGUUACU